GGAGCUCUGUUUCUAGGUGUCUAGCAACAGUUUUCAGCCCAGACAGCUGGUGGCGGCAACUGGAGCGCUAUUUUUUAACGUUAUUCGCUGCCGGUUGUUUAUAAUUAUUAGUCAGUAAGCUGAAAACAGUGGGGAAAAUAACUCUGACCUCUGCUCAGAGAUAUGAGCGGCAGCGGGCGGCCCAGGACCAGCUCGUUUGCUGAGCCGCCAGGUGUUCCAGGAGCCCUCGCAGCCUCCGCCGGAUCAGCCGCUGCCGUGGGGAGCAGCACAGGAAAGUCCGGGGUCUCGCAGGCCUCCGGCAGCAGCUCGUCGGGAUGUUCGAACCUUAAGCUUUCCAGAGACAUUGGGAAGGUGACUACAGUUGUAGCCACACCGGGCCAAGGUCCAGACCGCCCACAGGAAGUCUCCUACACUGACAUCAAGGUUAUUGGAAAUGGAUCGUUCGGAGUUGUGUACCAGGCUCGGCUCAUCGACAGUCAGGAGAUGGUGGCCAUUAAGAAAGUUCUACAGGAUAAGAGGUUUAAGAAUCGGGAGCUGCAGAUCAUGAGAAAGCUGGACCACUGCAACAUUGUCCGCCUACGUUAUUUCUUCUACUCGAGCGGCGAGAAGAAAGAUGAAGUGUACCUCAACCUGGUGCUGGAUUUCGUCCCUGAGACGGUAUAUCGGGUCGCCAGGCAUUUUAACAAAGCCAAGAGCAUCAUUCCUAUCAUUUAUGUGAAGGUGUACAUGUACCAGUUGUUUCGCAGCCUGGCUUACAUCCAUUCUCAGGGUGUUUGUCAUAGAGACAUCAAGCCCCAAAACCUGCUGGUUGACCCAGAAACUGCCAUCCUGAAGCUGUGCGACUUCGGCAGCGCCAAGCAGCUGGUUCGUGGAGAACCCAACGUGUCGUAUAUCUGCUCUCGGUAUUAUCGUGCCCCGGAGCUCAUUUUUGGCGCCACAGACUAUACAGCAAGCAUCGACAUCUGGUCAGCCGGCUGCGUGCUGGCAGAACUCCUGCUUGGACAGCCAAUAUUCCCCGGAGACAGCGGGGUGGACCAGCUAGUGGAGAUCAUCAAGGUGUUGGGAACACCAACGAGGGAACAGAUACGAGAGAUGAAUCCAAACUACACAGAGUUCAAGUUCCCACAAAUCAAAGCUCAUCCAUGGACCAAGGUGUUUAAACCGCGCACUCCCCCAGAAGCCAUCGCCCUCUGCUCUCGGCUGCUGGAGUACACGCCGGCGUCACGCCUCUCCCCGUUAGAGGCCUGCGCACACGCCUUCUUCGACGAGCUGCGCCAGCCGAACACGCGGCUGCCCAGCGGACGAGAACUUCCAAUGCUGUUUAACUUCAGCACCACAGAGCUCUCCAUCCAGCCUCAGCUGAACUCGAUCCUCAUCCCUCCUCAUGCUCGUUCACAUACAGCUGCUUCCGUCCACGAUGGUCUCGGAUCAGAUUCAUCUCACCACAGCUCGGUGCCCGGAUCCCUCAACAGCAUCUGAAGAACGUCUCACCGUCUACCUGCAGGCCUCUUUUUCUCAGACACACACACUCUGCUGCGUUCUGUCCACUCAAUGAUCUGUCUCUGUACAGUAUAUCUAUUAAAUGACUGUUAGCUCUUUAGCUGCUGGGAUGGAAACGGCAGGAGGUCGUUAUACAGACACACACACACACACACCUGGUGUGGUGGAGUAAGGAGGUUCGAUAGUGGGGGCUGGUCCUCUCAAAUAUAACUUUUUUAAAUCAGCA